AAACGAAAGCAGAACAGCCCAGGUGGGUGGGGCUACUUAAAAAUACCUGCAGUACAAAAACGCAGGACACAAGUUCCGCUUGUAGUUGGAGCAUACGACAAGAAAAUGCCGAGCAUUACUCAUGAUGUUUGACUUUCAGCAUUCAUAAGCCUGCGAUUUCAUUACAAUAGUUCGGAUGAAAACGUUUUUUUUUUUUUUCUGACAGCGUGAUAUACAGGACGUCUACAGCUGGUGGCGUUACUCUGUUUCAUACCCUAGCGGAACCCAUCUGUUUAUCUUCGGGACGUUGAAACGUGUUACUUGGAAAUGGGCGAAUUUUACAGCACGCUGUCGACAAGCUGAAUGAUAGCGGGGCGCAAGUGUAUUUUUCUUUUUUUUUACGCACAUUUCGUGCUUAUUUCUGUGUGUGAGUGUGUAUGUUUGCCAGAAGUAUAAGUACAACGGACGAGUAAGCAUUUCCUCUUUGAAGUGUCACCUCCAAAUCCACAAUAGUGUGUCCUGCUACAACUGGGAAUCAUAGCCCGACCUAACAUGGCAUCUACAAUUGAGAGGAAGACCAUGGAAGUUAACGAAGAACUAGUGGAUGAGGUACUCCAGGUGCCUCCGUCAAUGCUAAUGUGUGGUGGUUGUCAGCAAAGCAUUGGAGACCGUUUUUUCCUGAAGGCCAUAGAGCAGUACUGGCAUGAGGACUGCCUGAGCUGUGACCUUUGCGGCUGCCGCCUGGGUGAGGUCGGCCGAAGAUUGUACUACAAGCUCGGUAGGAAGCUGUGUCGAAGAGACUACCUAAGACUGUUUGGUCAGGAUGGGCUCUGCGCUUCCUGUGAGAAGAGGAUCCGGGCUUUUGAAAUGACUAUGCGAGUUCGUGACAAAGUGUACCACCUUGAGUGUUUCAAAUGUGCAGCCUGUCAGAAGCACUUCUGUGUUGGUGACCGCUACCUGCUUAUCAACACAGACAUUGUAUGUGAGCAGGACAUUUUUGAGUGGACCAAACUCAACAGCAACUUACGGUAAUGUCGUUUAAAGACUCAAAAGAUGGUGUUGCCAAAAUCUACAAUUACUACUUUACACAACAGCUACAUAACAGUUAAGAAGUGCAGUUCUAUAGCAUUGAGUUUCAUAUAAUUUUUUUAUAUUUUCAGUUCACCAGCACAUAACCAAGACUUCAUUUACCUUGGGAAAGCUGAAGAUUUUUUAAUGUAUGUGGGCAAUAAUAGCUAUUUCACAGACCCCCUUUUUUUUUUUAGAUAGUCAUACACACUGUUAGACAAUAGAAAUGUUGCUUGUUACAGAGUCACACUUGCUACAAAUACUGUAUGUGGAUACGUUUUAUAGAAUAAUAAUAAAAAAAAGCCCCCUUUUUUUUUAUUAGUCUAAUACCUAGGUCCCAUCCUUACCAUGUUUCAAAAUCAGUAGGUCAUAUAGCUCUAAACAGGAUGCCAGUGGCCUUUGAUUGAUUUUAUUUAAAAUCUGAAUGCACCGAAAAGUUUUGGUGCCUGUCUAGACAUACUUCUAACAGACCCUUUAGGUGCCUUUUGGACAGUUCUAAUGCACAAUCUAAGACUCUUGAAAAUGCACUCUUAACUUUUCAUAGUCACCAGCAUAGUCAAUUCAUAUCGGCUGAACAGCUGACUCAUGCUGCUCCACAUUACGCAUCUUGUAUCAAAUAAGUAUCAAAUGUUUUUUUUCACCUUGUAAUGUUUUCCUUAAGUUUACAUCUGCUGUAAUUUUCAUUUAAUUGAUGUAGAUGUUAAGUGGUGUUUAUCACAGAUAAAUCCCAGGACCCAGGAUUUUGUACAUUAAGUUAUACAUAACAGAAAAUAGAAAUAGAUGGGAUGUGUUUAAAUCUGUACGGAAUAUUCUAGGAUUUCAUUUUUCUCUGGUGGAAUUUGUUUUAGUGAGAACUUGUAAUUUGGCACACAAUUACUUCAUUUUAUUUGAUUUAAUUAGAGGUCCUUUUUUCAGCAUGGGUCAUUUGAAUAAUCAUUAAUCCAUGUAAAACAUUUAUUUGUACAUGCUUUAGCCCUGUCUGCUUUUUUUUUUUUUAUUUUACUUUCAUUAAAUCUUAUAUAUUUGUCGCAAAGACCUGUUCAGUAAUUUGAGUUUAUUUUAAUUCCCUUUAAUCCAUUGUAACGAAUUGUAGAAUAAUAACAAAUUGUAGAAUAAAAGAUGUAUAAGGAAAUGGGCUCACCUGAUAAGCAUGCUACAGUGAGUAUUGAGUAUGCUACUUUUCUAAGUACUAGGUUUAACAGUUCUGCAAAUAUAUAUUUUUUUGUCAGUCUUUAAAUUAAAAAUUCUAUUGGAUUUUCCACAUUAAAUUGACUACUGUUUAUUGUGUUACUGUGUUUAUAAGUGUAAUAGUGUCAUUUAAAUAAAAGAACAUUUGCUGGCAAAACAAAGGUUACUGUUUGGGAACUGGGUACAUACAUAGGUUUGUACAAUGAAUAGUAAAAAUAUUUAGUACAUAAAACAAGCUAACUGCUGUAAUGUGCUUGUUAUAAAUUGCAUGACAAGGUGUCCUUAUGCAUUUCUGGGUCAAACUAUUGUAAUAGGGGAA